AUGACCGCCGCUACGAGCCUGAAGGUCCCAGGGGACUCGGAUCGAAGCCUGUCUUCGGCAUCAACCAUCGCCGGUGACCAAGUAUCGGACAAGGCCGCUUACUCGAGCGGCGCUGAAGACGAAAGGCAUCAUGAAACUGACUUGGCGCCCGACUCGGCUGCCCAUGUGCUCGACGACACCGAGUAUCCAUCUGGUAUCAAGAUGGUCUUCAUCGUUGUUGCACUUGUCAUGAGCGUCUUCCUGUUGUCUCUCGACAUGACCAUUGUUGCCACCGCCAUUCCCAAAAUCACCGACGAGUUCAAGGGUCUUGACAAAGUCGGCUGGUAUGGUGCUGCGUUUUUCAUGACGGUUGGUUCUAUGCAGUCAACAUGGGGCAAGAUCUACAAGUACUUCCCGCUCAAGACAUCUUUUCUCGUCGCCAUCUUCAUCUUCGAACUCGGGUCCGUCGUCUGCGGCGCCGCACCCAGCGCAGAGGCCUUGAUUGCUGGCCGCGCAAUUGCUGGUGUCGGCGCCGCCGGUCUUGAAGCCGGCGCUUACACCAUCAUCGCCUUUUCCGCACCCCCCAAGAGACGGCCUGCCUUUACCGGCAUCCUCGGGGCCUCGUACGGAUUUGCCAGCGUCAUUGGACCUCUGCUAGGCGGCGCGUUCACGGACAACGUUAGCUGGCGAUGGUGUUUCUACAUCAACCUGCCCAUCGGGGGCCUCUCGGCCCUGGUCAUCUUGGUCUUCUUCCAGACUCCCAAGAAUGCGGUCCCCGCCACCGCCACUCUGCUGGAAAAGUUGCUACAGAUGGACCCUCUCGGGAUUGUCUUGAUGAUGGGCGCCACCGUCACCUACAUCCUUGCUGUCCAGUACGGCGGCGUUGCUCACGCCUGGAACUCGUCCGUCGUCAUCGGCCUUCUCGUCGGCUUCGUUGCCAUCACCGCGGCUUGGGUUGCCCUCGAGUACUUCCAGGGCGAGCGCUCCAUGGUGCCUCCUAGACUGGCCAGGGAACGCACCAACUGGGUCAUGAGUGCCUUUGCUUUCAUCUUUGCCGGUGGCUUCUUCGCUGCCAUCUACUACAUCCCCAUUUACUUCCAGUCCGUCCACGGAACGAACCCGACCAUGAGCGGCGUGCGCAACUUGCCAUUCAUCAUUGCCGUCACCAUCUCCACCAUUCUCAGCGGCAGCUUUGUUUCUGCGACUGGCCGAUACCAGCCCAUGCUCCUCGGCGGCGGUGUCGUCGCCACCGUCGGAGCUGGUCUCUUGUACAUGCUAGACGUCGACUCCUCCACGGGCGCAUGGAUCGGUUACCAGGCUGUCGCUGGCCUCGGCUGGGGAGCCGCGUUCCAGAUUCCCAUGAUUGCCGUUCAGGGCUCAGUCCCUCCCCAGGACCUUGCCUCCGCCACCGGCAUGCUCCUCUUCUUCCAAAGCAUCGGCGGUGCCUACCUCGUAUCCGGGAGCCAGGCCGCGUUCAUCAAUCAGAUGGUCGGCCACGUCGUCAAGAACGCGCCGCAGGUCGACGUGCGAACUCUGAUCCUCGCCGGAGCCACCGAGAUCCGACGCGCAUUCCCCCCUGACCAGCAGCCCCUCGUCAUUGCCGGCUACAUGUCUGGCCUCAAAGUUGUCUUUGCCAUGUGCAUCGCCGCCACUGGGGUCGCCACUCUGCUCGGCUGCUUCACGCGAUGGUCCAAACUGAAGCAGGAGAACACGACUGUCGGCGGCACGGCGUAG